UAUCCAGAGCUGACCACCUCCCAUCCACAACUGUUCUCAGUGAGGCUGUGAAAACACCACGGUCUGUUCCUGACUUCUCUGAUUCUCCAACAAACAAGAUGCAGACCAAGCCUGAGAAGUUUGGAUCUCUCUCCAGUCCAGCCAGCAGCUCUCAGCAAGGUCUGUUCAGGAAGAGCACCACCUACCUGGCCAAGAUCGCUGUCAUCCUGCAGGACGUUCCUGGCAAAAUGCUCACUUUUACUCAGUUGAUGGACAGACUGGCCCCAUUCAUCUCUGACGACAAAAGAUCUGUUGAGAACAACAUCAGAGUUUGUCUAUCAACAAACAAAUGUUUUGUCAAGAUUCCAGUUGUCCCAGAUUCUCUAGACAGUAAGAGGAACUACUGGAAACUGGACUGUGGUCAGAUCACAGCAAAGAUGGCGCGUCGUCACUUCAAAGGAAUCCUGCAGCUCUUCCCAGAGUUGGCCUCCAAAGUGGAAACGGAGAACCUGAGCAGAGCAUCGAGGAACUGCUCAGCUGUCCCCUCUCCUGAGCCUGCAGCCUGCAGAGGGGAUCAGAUCAGAUGUGAGGUGAAGUUCAGCAGUCCUUUCUCUAUUGAAUCCCUCCUGAAGAGAGACAGUCCCUCUGCUCGGGCCUCCAGAGUUUCUCCUCUGUCCAGUGUGCCGCUCAAAGUGGAUUAUCAGCAGCGACGCUCCAUACAAAGAGUUUGGAAUAAGAAGAGCUUCAGCUGGGACUCUGAGGAGCCUCUCUUCCUUCACGCUUCAGAUGAAAGUUCCCCCAUCUGCUCAACAGGGGGCAGCACACACUGUGGACUCGCUGCGAGCGGAGCUGCUAAAUCUAUCAGGAUGCAUGUGUGCACGGAGUCCUCAUUCUCUGUGUACACAAGAGCCAGAGGUGCUCCUUAUUUCUCCAGCCCUCACAGCAGCUACAUCACUGUACCCAAUUGUACCCAGGAUGCUUUCCGGUUAUGAAAGAAAACGUUCCUAUACUCCUGAAUUGCACUUGUUCUACGUUAUUCGUUUUUGAGUGGACCAUACACUUCAGAGAGACUUUUCUUCAAAACCAGGCAUACUUUCAAAACCCACAAGGACUGGUAAUGGCCUUGUGUGUGUCUCACUGUGUCUAUUUUCCUUUUAUUUGUGGCUGUAUUUUAUUCAUGACUCGUGGUUAAACUCCUGAGGCCUUGCUGGAUUACUGGACUGGGAAAUGAUAACUGGGACAUUUUUACAUAAUAUUUUUGGGUUUGAGGUCAGCAUCUGGCCUCAAGAGGGCAGUGUGAUAUUUCAAAGUUUAGCUUGCUCGUGAUCCACACAUGUCAACACACCCUUGUACAAAACUCUGAACAAUUAAAGGUG